UAAUUAUUGAUUACAGAAGUUCCUGUCCACAUUUAACCACUGAAGACUCGUCACAGAUAGACGUGGGAAACAUCUUUUAGUUAAUUGACUAUUAACUGCAAUGGAGGAGCUUCAUAUCCAUUGCCUGAAAUGUGUCAACCGGCGAUGUAUGAUAAGACCUGAAGCUAGCGUUUCCUGUGACCUCAUGGGUUGCCCUCUGGUAUGUGGGGCAGUUUUCCACUCAUGCAAACUGAAUGAACACCGCUUACUGUGUCCGUACGAAAGAGUCCCGUGUCUGAACCGCGGAUUUGGAUGUCCAUUUACCCUUGCCAGGGUCAAAAUGGCACAGCAUCUUGAGACAUGCCCAGCCAGCGUUGUGUGUUGCACAAUGGAAUGGAACCGAUGGCCAGUAAGUUACGCAGAUCGCAAAUCCUAUGAGAACCUGAGCAAAGAAGUUUGUGAUGUGGAGCAGCUCGAUAUGGCUUUGGCCCUUCAGGAUCAGCGUAUGUUGCUGGAGUCACUUAAAGUGGCGACCACCGUGACAAAAGCUCUGGAAGAACAAAAUCUGGACAAUUCCAGCCCACAAGAGUCAGAUCGUGAAAAUGAUUUGGUGAUUGAUGAUUUGAAUGAAGUGGUUGAGGGAACAUAUAAUGAACCUUUCCAGGAUUCAGUGGAAGAUAGAAGCUUCAAUGCCAAUUUAGAUAUUCUCAAUAGUCCAAGUGAUAUUGACUUGAUUGUGGACCAUAUCAGUGGUGAGGAACAGAAUGAAGCUUGCAGUAGUGUCAGAGAUGUGAAUGGAGACUUAAGGAAUGACACGACAAAGGAAAGUGACACUGAUUCGGAUUCUGAUCUGGGAGCAGUAGGUGGAGCUGACUGUGCUUUCCCAGUGGACCUUGAGGAAGGAGAUGAUUGGUUGGAGACCAGCGGAUGCAGUGAAUCUUCUGAAGAGGAAGGUGAACUGACUGAUGGGAUAGAACUCAAUGGGCUUCAUAAUGAAGUGAUUGGUGACAACCACCAGGUCAGACUUGAAAGCGUCAAUCGUUCCUCAAACAUUAGUCAGGCUUUACCUGAUCAUUCCAUACCUGUUCCAGAAGUGGCACAGUUGCCCCAACGAUCUCUUCCAUUGCCUAUCCCACUGCCUAACCUGAUGCACAACAAUCUUCUGCACCCUUUGCCUUUUAGAUAUGAGGACCGAUGGCUGGAGCGCAAGUUGGAGAAUCUCCAGCUACUGCGAAGCAUGGGCUUGUUUACAAUCAAUGGGCGAAGGACUCUGUUUUCAGAUCCUUAUUUUUUUAAAUCCAAAAUGGAGGACAAAGCAGUAGACACGUCAGACCUUGAUGUGGCAGAUGAUCCAAUGGGUCUCCACGGCAUUGACCUGAUCACUGCUGCCCUGCUCUUCUGUUUGGGGGACUCACCUGGAGGUAGGGGCAUCUCGGACAGUCGCUUUGUAGAUGGAUAUCGCAUAGACUUUGGUACACAGACCUUCUCCCUCCCUUCUGCCAUAUUGGCUACCAGCACCAUGGUAGGCGACAUAGCCUCAGCAUCAGCCUGUGACCAUGCAAGUCCGCAGCUGUCCAACCCAAGUCCAUUUCACACACUCAGGUUAGACCUCGUUCUGGAGUGUGUGGCUCGCUAUCAAACUAAACAGCGCUCGAUGUUCACUUUCGUGUGUGGACAGCUGUUUCGCAGGGAUGAAUUCUCCUCUCAUUUCAAGAACGUCCAUGGGGACAUCCAUGCUGGUCUUAAUGGGUGGAUGGAGCAAAGGUGCCCUUUGGCGUAUUACGGCUGCACCUACUCACAAAGAAGGUUCUGUCCAUCAGUACAAGGUUUCAGAAUUAUUCAUGACAGACACUUAGGCUCUUUUGGAGUACAACCUGGGUUAGCAGAAGGUGAACCUUUAUCCAAAAUCAACAUUUGUCAAUCUAAGUCCCACUGUGACCACCUUAGCGACUUGCCCUUUGAGUUACUUCAGCACAUUGCAAGCUUCUUGGAUGGCUUCAGCCUUUGUCAACUCUCUCGAGUGUCUCGCACUAUGAGGGAUGUGUGUGCCAGUUUACUUCAAUCCCGUGGCAUGGUGGUCCUGAUCUGGGAAAAGAUAAAGCAAGCUGAUGGAAACUCAUCCUGGCAGAUACAAGACAAGGUGUGGAGGUUCAGUACAGCGUUUGACACUGUGAACGAGUGGAAGUUUGCCAACAUUUCCAGCAUGGCCGACCACCUCAAGACAUGCAAGUUUAACACAAUAGCGCGGCGAGAAGAGGCAAUCCCGCUCCCAUGCAUGAGUUUCACAAGAGAACUUACGAAAGAGGGACGCUCACUACGUUCUGUUCUUAAACCAGUGAUAUAGACUAUAGUCGGAUUUUGUUUUAUAAUACAACAUGCCUUAUGUGUUUGAGUGAGUGGUAGGAUUUUUUUGUUUCAACAGUCAUUAACACAAGCCUCAACUUAAUAAACUACUUUUGGAAGAUGUUUUUUUA